UUGAAGGUAUAUAUAGAGAUAAACAAUGAAUAAAGUGACAUAAAUCACUUCCGUACCCUUUUAUGUACACGGAUUACUAAUAUUCCGUUAUCAUUUACAUACAGAUUGAAAUAUAAAUAAGAAUGUUUCAAACAUAAUUAUCUAAUAUAUUGAUGGUAUUACUUAAAUUUUAAAAGCAAUGGCGGAAGGACUAAAAAUGGUGACGUCAGGUGAUGGAAUAGCGACGGUGCACAUGUGUAAUGGGGAGAAUCGAUUCCGGAUGUCGUUUGUUAAGGCGUGGAUGAAAAUACUAGAUGAAAUAGAAAGGAACGAUGCUAUUAAAGGUGUAAUCAUAACAGGAGCUGACAAUUUCUUCAGUUUGGGACUGGAUGUUACUUUUCUGAGCGCACAGACGCCAGAACAUCUAGCAGAAACACGAGCCAGUAUAAGACAAUUCUACAAACGCCUUACAUUGUUGCCAGUUCCCACUGUUGCUGCCAUAAAUGGUCAUUGUUUUGGUGCCGGCGCAUUCCUAGCAUUGGCAUGUGACUACAGGGUGAUGCGCUCAGACCGAGGAUGGUUGUGUUGGCCGGAAGUUGCUUUGAACAUGCGCAUUCAUCAAAGUAAUAUUCAUUUACUAAGGAUGAAAGUUCCUUCUGGAAAAUCACUACGUGAUGCGGUAUUGUUUGGUAAACGUUUAUCUGCACGUGACUCUCGCGAUUUACAGCUUGUGGACGUCAUUUCGUCACAGCAAAGUUUGAGUGAUGAUGCUACAAAGUUGCUUUUUGAAGUUCUUGGUAAAAAUGGAAUCGACAGAAAGUCGUUAAAACAAACGAAGGAGGACAUUUACUGUUUCCCUGAACAUCUUUUUGUCGAAAGUACCGCAAAAUUGUAAUAAAGCGAUGUAUUAUUAUUUCUAAUUAUCUAAACGUAUGUUUCAAACGGACGCAAAAGUACACGUUAUUAAUAUGCGUUAACAUGCAUAAUAAAAUAUAUCAAGAUCGUU